UGCUCCCCAACGCAGAGUGAACGUGCGGGCGGCUGCGGCGGCUCCGGAACCAUUCGCUCCCCUCCCCUGCCAGCCUCUUAGGAGCUUCCAGAACCAUGAGUGACGGGGACAAGAACCCGGCGAGCACCCCCACGCCGCUGGCCGACGUGCAGGGGGACGGGCGCUGGCUGGCGCUGCACCAUCGCUUCAUCGCGGACAGCAAGGACAAGGAGCCCGAGGUCGUGUUCAUCGGGGACGCCCUGGUGCAGCUGCUCCAGCAGUUUGAGAUCUGGCGCGAGCUCUUCUCUCCGCUGCACGCGCUCAACUUCGGCCUCGGGGGCGACGGGACGCAGCACGUGCUGUGGCGGCUGCAGCAAGGCGAGAUGCGGCACAUCCGGCCCAAGAUCGUGGUCGUCUGGGUGGGCACGAAUAACCACGGGCACACGGCCGAGCAGGUGGCGGGCGGCAUUGAGGCCAUUGUCCGGCUCCUCCAGCAGCAGCAGCCGCAGGCGCGCGUGGUGGUGCUGGGCCUGCUGCCCCGCGGCCAGGGCCCCAACCCGCUGCGGGAGCGGAACCGGCGGGUGAACGAGCUGCUGGAGGCCCGGCUGCCGCAGCUGCCCAACGCCUGCUUCCUGGACGCCGACCCCGGCUUCGUGCACUCGGACGGCGCCAUCAGCCACCACGACAUGUACGACUACCUGCACCUCAGCCGGCACGGCUAUGCCCGCCUGUGCCCGCGGCUGCAUGCGCUGCUGCUGCGCCUGCUGGGGGAUGGCCAGGGGGCCGGGCCCUGA